GUCAACCGUUCCUAUCGCAACAACCCGAUGCACCCUCCUCUCCCCCCGCGUCCCCACCAUUCAGUAUACACGCCAUAUAGCAAACCUAGGAUGAUUGGUUGUAACGGGGGGGGAAAGGACAGAGGAGGGAGGGAGAGAUAGAGAGAAGGCAGAAUUCUGAUUAAGAAACCGAUGACUUCUGUUCCCUUCAACAUUACCGGCCCUCCUCCUCCUCCUGCUGCUGCCAUUAGAGAACCCAUCCUCGCUCGCCCGGAAGACGACCCACCCAACACAACCACCGCUCUCCUCUCCGCCUACUCCACCCCCGACGACGCCUCCCCUUCGGGCCUCCGCCGGCCCCACACCGCCUUCCUGUUUUCAGCCCUCGUCAUCACCACCUGCACGGCUGUCGCCGCCGCCGCCGCCUUCGCCUUCCUCUUCUUUACCUCCUCUGCUGCCGCCAAAGAUCCCAUCUUUGAUCAUCGGAGUCAGGCGAGGCCACUCUCCAGGCUCUCCCGCCCCGUGCUCCUCCUCAUCUCCUCCGACGGGUUCCGCUUCGGCUACCAGUUCAAAACCGCCGCGCCCAACAUCCAUCGCCUGAUCGCCAAUGGCACCGAAGCGGAGACCGGGCUUAUCCCUGUUUUCCCUUCCCUCACCUUCCCCAACCACUAUUCUAUCGUCACCGGACUCUAUCCGGCCCACCACGGUAUCAUCAACAACCACUUCGUCGACCCGGUGUCCGGCGCCGCCUUCAAUAUGGGCAGCCACGAGCCGGAGUGGUGGCUGGGAGAGCCGCUCUGGGAGACCGCCGUCGACCAGGGGUUCAAUGCCGCCACCGUCUUCUGGCCCGGAUCCGAGGUCAAGAAGGGAUCUUGGGACUGCCCUCCCAGGUUUUGCCGCCACUACGACGGUUCGGUGCCCUUCGAGGAGCGCGUCGACGCCAUUCUGAGCUACUUCGAUCUCCCGAGCAGCGAGAUCCCUGUGUUCAUGACUCUCUACUUCGAGGACCCAGAUGAGCAGGGCCACAAGGUCGGUGCCGACGAUCCGGAGAUCACCGCCGCGGUGGCUCGGAUCGAUGACAUGAUCGGGAGAUUGAUCGCCGGGCUGGAGAAAAGAGGGAUCUUUGAGGACGUGACCAUAAUUCUAUUAGGUGACCACGGAAUGGUGGGCACUUGCGAUGAAAAGCUCAUAUUUCUGGAUGACCUAUCUCCGUGGAUCAAGAUCCCGCGGGACUGGGUCCAGUCCACGAGUCCUCUGCUCGCGAUUCGCCCGCCCGCCGGCGUUGCCCCGUCGGACGUGGUAGCGAAGAUGAAUGAAGCGCUGGGGUCGGGAAAGGUCGAGCAUGGGAACUAUCUGAAGAUGUAUCUGAAAGAGGAUUUACCGGAGCGACUGCAUUACCGGGAGAGCCACAGGAUUCCGCCCGUCAUCGGGCUGUUGGAAGAAGGGUACAAGGUGGAGCAGAAGAGAACGAAGAGGAACGAGUGCGGAGGAGCGCAUGGAUACGACAAUGCAUUUUUCUCGAUGAGGAGCAUUUUCGUAGGUCACGGCCCUCGGUUCCAGAGGGGACGCAAGGUGCCAUCUUUCGAGAAUGUGGAGAUAUACAACGUGAUCGCCUCCAUCCUGAACCUGAAGGGAGCACCCAACGACGGAUCCGCCUCGUUUCCCAGCUCCAUUCUUCUCUCGCAUGCUUGAGGCGUGUUCAUUCGGGUAUUAGGAAAGGGACACGUUUUACACAGUAUGAUUGUUUUCAAAACGCAACACCAUGAGAUCAGUGGGAAAAAACUUUCCAGUGCAGCGACGAACCAUUGGCACGGCUGUCGUCCUUGGUGGACUCGGUGCGUCAAGCUAGUUGAACUCUUUCAGGUUAUCUGAUCCCAGGUGAGCACGGUGUGGAGCCCCACUUCUCAUCGGAGCCGUGCGCAUGGAUCGACCCUCUCUCUCUCUCUCUCUCUCUGUUGAGGACUGCGGAGUUGGCUAGUUAGGAGUUCUCGAAAACUCCGUUUCUUUGUUUGGACUUUCAACUUUUGAGCCAAAUCGA